CCUCAGAAUAGGUUACAUGUUAGCUCGCCAAGAAUUUAAGCUAGAGUUGAUAAUGCUUGCUACUUCAGUAUUUGAAAAAUGCAAUAAUGACAAUAUGAACAUUUAGCUUAAAAUGAACCAAACUAGAUACUGACUCUGAAUUCUUCCGCCUGUCACGCUGAAGUUUUUAUUUUGCAGAGCUAAAUGAGGCGUUGUGACAACAGAGCAAAGCCCACACCUAAAGAGUAAUGUUUACUCAUGGUGUUGUGUUCUGCAUGCAGAGGAAAGCAGGAGACAGUCGCUCUAUGCAGGCUGCAGGAUAAACGUGUACAGGAAUUAUCUGUGGAGAUAAGAGGCACAUGAGCAGAAUAUCUGGACCGAACCGAGCUAAGCAACAAGAGGAUCUUCUAGAGGCAUGGCUACGGUCGGACAAAUCAUUUUUUUCACCUUGGUGACCCUCAAUGUCCUGUUAGCAGCCUUCAUCGUCCUCAUCUUGACCCUGGCCUUCUCAAAAUCCACGUCCAAGGUGGUGAGCAGCAACACCAAACCGGUCGCCAACCUCGGCGAGGACCAGAUUCUCAGCUGCUAUGUUUCUGCAGAAAGUCAACCAAACAGGCUGGGUGAGGUGUCGGUCAGCUGGGAGAAAACGGAUCUGGGAACGGUUUAUCGUUACGAGAACAGAGCUCCGGCUCUUGAUGGGCAAGCGUCAGCGUUUAAAGGCAGAGCUCAGGUCUUCCCUGACGCUGUAGCCAUAGGUAACGCCUCUCUGCUGCUGCGGAGCGUGAGAAGCAGUGACGAGGGAGAGUACACCUGCACCAUUCGGUCCUCUGUCGCCCAUGGGACAGUCAGCAUUCAGCUCCGGACAGCAGUCUUUUCAGUGCCGACACUAAAGUUCUCUAACAGCAUCCUGACCUCUGAGGCGAGCAGCUGGUUUCCUAAACCAGACGUCACGUGGCUGAACCAAACCGGGAAUGAACUGAACGCAAACACAAGUUUCACUGAACGCUCACCGGGGAUUUACAGUCUCUUGAGCUCUCUACAGUCUGCGAAGGUCAGCGAGACCUACAGCUGCAGGAUCGAAAACAGCUUAGUGGUGGCAGUCACCGAAGCAACUAUAUCAGGCAGUGGUGUUUUGGGAAGGACCUUCUUCACCUUCAGUGUCGCUUCAACCCAGCUUGUUUCGUUUUAUCUAAAUAUUAUUACAUCUGUCCUGUGCAUGUUUUAUGUGGUGUAGGUAAAUACAGCCUUAUUAUCUUUGCUUUAAAAACAUUGUCAAAUAUUGUCUAUAUUCUGGGUACAUUCAAGAACAGAUGCAGUUUAUUUAAGUAGCGAUAACUAAAGUUUAACUCUCCAUUUUUAUUGUAAUAUAUGUCAUGGAAUAUUGUGCUGGUUAAUUAAUUCCUGUGUAUGUUUCAAUUACAUGUAUGUAAAUAAUUUUUAACCUGUAUUGUAACUGAUGACAAGAAAAAUGAUUUAGAAGUCUGUUUUUCUUGCCGUAGUGUAUUUAUUUUUUUAGCUUUUCUCCUAUUAAACUAUGUAAAUCCUU